AUGGCAGAUGACAAAAAGGUUUAUACUAAGGCUGAAAUAAGGAAGAUCGCCCCUAAGUACAGAGGUGACCCAAAAGAUUUCGACCCGCACUUUAAGUCAAACAAACCUGUCAAAAAAGAUGAUUUCAAGAAGAAGGAGAAACGUGAGACACCUAGACCAGACAGCUUAGACGCUGCAAAGACACCGACGCCGCAACAGAACGCUCCAAUGUGGGCUGAUUCAAUUUUCGGUAUUGAUGUCGCAGUCCGUGAGCUGAUCGUCGAGGAAGAAGUUUCGCCCAACUACUCCAGACUUCCCGAAAUUAUCACAGAGGUUCUUGCUAACCUCAGAGCAGACGAUAAAUCUCUGGAUAAAGCAAUGACAAAGGAGAUGCUUUAUUAUCUAUCGGCUACGGUCCUUUGGGCCAGGCUCUUAGAGAUAAAAGCUAAGCGAUAUGCUUAA